AUGUGCAAUAAAAAUAAUCCUCAUGGUAAAUGAAUGAAUUAAUACUGUAAAGACAGUUUUUGAGAAAGUAUAUGUGCAGUUUCACUGAAAACAGGCAUGAGUGACCGUGUGCUUUUAGGGAAACCCCAGGUAACCCGAUCAUACAGAAACUGAAAGUAGGAAGUAGCUGUUGUUAAACAGUGAAAAUGGCUUCUCCAGCUGAGUAUGAUUAUAUUUGUCCUAUCUGUCGUGAUAUUUUCAAAGCUCCUGUUAUUUUAUCAUGCAGUCACAGUGUGUGUAAAGAGUGUCUUGAGCAGUUCUGGAAAGUCAAGAAAGCUCGGGAGUGUCCCGUCUGUAGGAUGUUAUCAGCGCAUGAACCUACUCGUAAUCUUGCUUUGAAAAACUUGUGCGAGUCAUUUCAAAAAGAGGAAAGCGAGAGUUUAUCAAGGUCAGAGGAGACGUGCAGUUUACACGGUGAGACGCUCAAACUCUUCUGCCUGGAGGACAAACAGCCGGCGUGUUUAGUGUGUAUGACUUCACAGAUGCACACCGGACACACAUUCAGACCCGUCGGUGAAGUGGCUUCAUCAUAUAAGAAGGAAUUCAGUUCAUCACUGAAGGCCUUACAAGAGGAACUCCGACAUAAAGAAACAAUAAAAGAACAUUUUGAGAAAACGUUUCAACACAUAAAGGAUCAAGCCGAUCACACUGAGCGUCGGAUUAAACAGCAGUUUGGAAAGCUUCAUCAGUUUCUCAGAGAUGAAGAAAAAAAUACAAUCACUGCACUGAGGGAGGAAGAGAAGCAGAAGAAGCAGGUGAUGAAGGAGAAGCUGGAGGAGAUGAACACACACAUCUCAACUCUUUCAGACUCAAUCAGAGACACGGAGGAGAUGCUGAAAGCCAGUGACGUCUGCUUUCUGAAGAAAUUUCGGGUUAAAAUGGAAAGAGUCCAGAUCUCACAGCCGGAUCCACAGACGCCUUCUGGAGCUUUGAUUCAUGUGUCUCAGUACUUGGGGAACCUGCAGUACAGAGUCUGGAGGAAGAUGCAGGACAUCGUCCACUACUCUCCAAUAAUUCUUGAUCCAAAUGUGGCUCAUCGAAACCUCUUCCUGUCUGAUGAUCUGACCAGCCUGAAAUGGAGUUUAAACAGCCAAGCGUUUCCUGAUAAUCCAGAGAGGUUUGAUGAGUAUUCAUGUGUUCUGGGUUCAGAGGGUUUCACCUCAGGAAAGCACUGCUGGGAUGUGGAGGUGAAGGAGAGUUUGUACUGGAGCGUCGGAGUAACGACAGCAUCAAACCAGAGGAAGGGCUGUGUUUUCUUUAACUCUGAUGUGUGGUGGGUGCAGUACGGACUGGAUGACCGCUUUGGUUUUCCCAUUAAACAGAAACUUGAGCGUGUGAGAGUUGAGCUGGACUGUGAUGAAGGAAUAGUGUGUUUCUCUGAUUCUGGAAAUAACACACCUCUUUACACAUUCAAAGCCACUUUCAAUGACACUGUAUUUCCUUUCUUCUGGAGUAAUGAUUUUAAGAUUUUACCAGUUUUACCUUUUUAUCGUCUGAUUGAAGAGUUGUGACAUUGCACUAUUCCACUUUAUGGUACGACUUUGGUUUGCUAUGUCACAGCCACAUGUUUAUGAUAUUAUAAAGUGAUUUCUGAGUUGUAUGUCAACUAGACUUGGAACGGUAGAGAUGCGCAGAUCAGAUGUCAAAAAGCAUUUUUAAAGCACGUUACUAAUUUAGAUUAUAAUUUUUGUUUGCAUAAUUAUUGAUCUUAUCCACCCACCACUGUCGUAAUUCCCGGCCUUUUUAUUAAUUAACCAUGGAGGUUUUUAAUACGAGAAGAUUUUCAUAAAGCUGAGAAGGUCCAGAGCAACCUCAGAGAAGUCUCUGCUGGACAAUCUGAAGUGUCUGUGCUCUGUCCACUGUUUAUACAAUGUGUCUCCUCCCGCCAUCUUGGCAAUUUGUUUAAAUUUGAGCGUCUUAGGGUGUUUUUCUUGACUGAGAGAGUCAGUAUAUGUUUAAGUGCUCGUGUUAUUCUUGCUGCACACUGCAGUGUAUGCAAAUCUCUGUAUACAUUUGUCUCUCCAUAAAUCUCAUGGUUUCCAAUACAUUCUUUUUCUAUGGCGGGGCGCCACACCAAAAUUAAUUCCCGCCAAUGUUACAUUACAGCUUCUCAUUCAUAACAUUUAUUUAUUUAUUUAUUUUUUUUAUCAGCGGGUUAUAAUCGCACCAAAACAUAGUAAAAGGUAAGUGAAUUGUAACAGAGUGAACUUUUCUGUCAGCGUAGUAAUGCUGUGCGUAUUUGUUUAACCCUUUAAGGUGACAUGCGGACUGACUGACUGACAGGUGUGUAAUGCGUGAGGCCAGCAAACAUGACGUAGCUUUUAUAAUGAACACCGUUUCCAUAAUAAUGCUUUAUUUAUAGAUAAAGGUCUGUGGCUCUGCAUACAAUAACUUAAUCUUGCAGUGUUUAUAGCCGUUACACUUUACUUCAGGACGCAUCAAUGCCGUUCUUUAGGUUUACUGGAGACAUUCAUAAAUGUUACUAGCAAAUCUAAUAAAUGUUGGAGACAGACUCUUUACAUAAACAAACUAAAUCGUACUUCAGCAGCGUUUAUUUGAGAGGUUGCACAGGAAAAUCUGUGCUUGAACAGUGUAUAUUUGAGUGUGUGUGCAAGAAGUUUUGCGCACGAACAGAGGAAAUCGACGCUCAAGCAAAAAGAUUUGCAUGCUCGUAUAAACGCAUGCUCGCUCGACUUGUAAUACUGCGCUCACGAUAUUUGUCAUUGAAAUAACGCCAUAGGUUGUUGGAAUAUCUGUGACCUGCCACCACAGCUGGAAAAAAUCCUAAAGGAAACACUGGAUCUCCAUAACUUGAUUGUCAUCUCCAUAACACAUAAAAAAUUGUUUACAUACAUUGUCAUGGUGGUACAAUAAUUUGAUAAUGUGUCACUCAUUCUCCUUAAAGCCAUACACGGAUAUAGCUUCAUAUGAAUUUUUAACAUAUACAAUUAGUGCUUUACAUAUUAAGUUAUUGUCCAGUAAGCUUCUCAUAUUGUUGCUUGUGCACCCUCUUCUACAGGCCACUCAUCUUACUUAGAUGAAACCGAUUUAGCUUCGCUCAGUUCUUCUCAAAUUCAUGUUCUCUUUAGUUUACAUUCUUACUGCGAACUAAUGCACACUUUUAGAGAAUGAAAAAUCUUUUUCACAACUCACCAGAAC